AAAAAACUAAUUAUUAUUUUUAUUAUUGUUUUUGAUUCAAUGUUAUGACGGGGGAAAAAAACUAAUUAUUAAACGAUCUCACGAUGGUCGGUUCUACGUUCACACACCCCCGAAUACACAAUUUUUUCAUCAUCGGAGCAGCACUUUCCGGCAACUCUGCUCCGAAUUCUCCUCGGCCGCGCCGGAAUCGAAAAAAAAACUUGGGACUUACACGUGCAGUGUCUGCGAACUCAGAAAACACCACCGCUCUAUAUCGGUGCGCUGCACAAAUUGCAAUCGAUGGUGCCGUCUCAGACAGUGCUCAGGCCUCAACAGCCACAGAGAAUGGCAAGCAAACUUCAUCGAAGCCUGCUGCCAGCCAACAACCACCGCAACGCGCAACCAACAGCCAGGCACAUAACCUCAACGUAUCACAUCAAAUGCAACAUUACUCAGCAAUGCAAAUGCAAACACAUAACCUCAACGUAUCACACCAAAUGCAUCAUUACACAGCAAUGCAAACGCAGACCAGAGGGCAACGCACGCAACCACACCCACAUGCACAUCCCGCAACCCAAGAGCGGCAAGAACCUAGCACCACCAACAGGCAAGUCUGGCUGUGUUGUGUAUGCAGCAGUGGCUGUGAAGGAUGGUGCCACUUCCGCAAUUGCUCAUUCCUAAACAGCGCACGUGACCGCUUACCCAACUAUCUGGCUCCCUGCUGCACUGUACCCAACUAUAAUCAGCAACCACCAACACCACUCAGCAAGCUAACCCUACGUAUUUGCAACCUCGGACGUCAGUGCGAGCAACUACACAACAGCCGCACCAGCAACCUGAAAGCCACCACAGACAAAACCAACAACCCCAAAUUCGGAUCAGGACAUGCACGGUAUGUGCAACCCAGAUCCGCGCCAACGCAGCAUCUGUUCAAUGCAACAGGUGCGAGGGCUGGUGUAACUUCCGCAGCUGUUCGAGGCUGAGAAGGCUACGCGACCACUCCAGUGCCUACGUCGCCUCCUGCUGCUCCCGGCCACCAAACACGACCCAGGCGGCCACACCACAUACCCCCGCCCUACUUCCCCUCCAAACAAUACCACCUUCACAGCAAAACCAGUCUACACUUACACCAGCGGCCCGAACAAACCAACCCAGCUCCAUUGCCAUUAUGCACAUCAACAUC